AUGGAAGACCAGGCAAUACUAUGUUUGGACAUAUGUGGGGCUUUCAAUCAAUCCAGGUGCCAACAAAGUACGGUCAACGCCAACGGGGAGACCAAGCGUCAAAGAACAUCAUACACUCGGUACCAGACACUUGAGCUCGAGAAAGAGUUCCACUUCAACCGAUACCUGACACGGAGGAGACGAAUCGAGAUUGCGCAUGCGCUCUGCCUCACUGAACGCCAAAUCAAGAUCUGGUUCCAGAACCGCCGCAUGAAGUGGAAGAAGGAGCAUAAGAUGGCAUCGAUGAACAUAGUGCCGUACCAUAUGAAUCCGUACGGUCACCCCUACCAGUUCGACCUGCACCCGAGCCAGUUCGCGCAUCUCUCCGCAUAG